GUUUGACCCUUUUCCAAACCCAAAGACAAGCAGCAAAGUGAGCUGUCCCGAAUCCGUCGGUUGCCACGACUGCCGCCGGCGAUGGCCCCCUCCGCCGCCGCCGCCGCCGCCGCCUCCGCCGCGCCCGCCCUGGCCCCUCCGCUGGCGCCCCUCAUCGCCGCGCAGCUCAAGUUCCUCCUCACCAACUCCAGUCUCCCCAUCAAGGUGGUGCAGAUCUGGUCCGGCUGCGGCAACGGCCGCUACGCCGAUCGCUUCACCCUCGCCGUCCCCUUCUGCCUCGACUACGUCUACUGGGAUUUCUUGUAUAAUGCGAUGCACCCCAAGGUGGCGCCGGACGUCAUAUUCGGGCAGGGCGACGAGGGAUUCCAGCCGCUGGUCGAUUAUGAUGAGUCCGGGAAUGGGGGCAAGAGCUGCUUGGCACACUGGGAUUACCGCGACCCCCGUGGCCUCCUCUGCCUCGUGGAGGAGCUCCGGUUAUUAUACAUUGAAUACCAAAAGAAGCUGGUUGCGGAGGUGGGUGACACAAGACUGAAGUUUGAAAUAGGCACUGUUCUUGAUAAGGAGGGGAUUGAAGUCUCCAUGGUAUCAUCAACUGGUAGGCCAGAUGAGGUGAAAUUUGCUGUCCCGCUUCUGGAUUUAGACCUCAAUAUGAUGGUGCCUGGAUGUCCUUGGAAACUUCCCCAAAAGAUCCAUCUGCAGGCCAUAUUUCCGGUUAGCAGUAGUUUCCUCUCUGUUCCUUCUGCACCAGGACUGAAACUGAUCUCAACUCCUGAUUUGAAGUCACUUUUCUCCGUGGAUGGUGUUAAGCUCCCUGCAUGGGUAGAUGGGAUGUGCAUGGCUGAGUAUAUUCCCAGUUUAGAAGAAAAUCUUAAAAUGCAGGUUGUGGAUGCAUCGGCUUCAAUUGGUCGCAGAAGACGAUUCAUUGAGGCCCUAGCUCCUGCUUUUGGGAGGCCAUUGGAGGCUGAUCCGAUUUUUUGCAGGAAAGCCACAGUUCUUUCCAUUUCGGGGAUUUUCACAUUUCUGGUUCACUUUGUCAUCCCCCUUCAAUUUCCCCAACAACAACCCAUCCUGACUUUGCAGAGUUGUCAGCACUGUAAUUCCCAAGGUAUACCUAUCACAUCACCUCCAAAAAACAGCUAUCCAUGGAGUCCUAGAUGGGAAGUAACGGAAAUGGUGGAACGCAUCUACGACUAUCUGGCUGAUGAGUGCCAGAAUUUCAAGAAGCAAUGUAGUGAUGGUUUCCCUCAAGCAAAGUAGCUAACGAGGGAGCAUCUCUACCCUUUUGGCUUGCACGCUCUGUCCGUAAGCUGUAGUCCCCAACUAUUUGUGUGACGAGCGAGGAGCAAGGAAGCAGCCUGACCAGGCAGUAGAAUCAGCCUGUAGGGCGAGAGAGUGCGUGCUUCUAUGUGGCAAGUAAAUUGUGUACAAUAGAGCCUUGUUGGUUUGUUGAUGCCACACCCCUGCUGGUCAAUGGUGGUUUCGGGGGAGGAACGGCAAUUCAGUUCUUCCUGUCUUGGGAGUUGUGUACAUAUGGAUAUUGGUCGUUGAAUUCUCUCCAGUGUAAAGUUUGCUGCAUGUGACGGUUGGAGUAUGAACCGUUUUGUUCCUGAGCAUCUAUGACAAUUCGGGUGCAAUCUGGAAGAAAAUUCGACUAGUUUUUUA